UUCAAAAAAUUAGAUUACAAGGAAGAACAUCAAGUCAAAUUCCACAUCAAACGGGCUCAAGAGUUGACUGAUUUAAUCAUCUGGCGCCAUCUUCUUUCUAUGUUUUUUGAGAUCAGCAAUGGCAGAGGCUGCUGCUGGUCCUCCUGAUUCCUCUUCCUCUCUGUCACUCUGCAAGAUGGACAGAAGGAAAAUGCUGCAGGCGUUACAGGGAAUUUUGAUUCUUUACUUGGAUUCAACAAUGGCGGCUGCUUACAGAGGGAGAGCUGAGCAUUCUCGGAUUGAGAGGGAGACGAGUCCAGCGAGAGCUGCGGUGGUUUACUACCUAUCGAGAAAUGGGCACCUGGAGCACCCUCACUUCAUGGAGGUCCCUCUCUCCUCAUCAUCAGGACUCUAUCUCAGAGAUGUCAUCAACCGUCUCCAUGUCCUCAGAGGGCGAGCCAUGGUUGGUUUGUACUCCUGGUCGUCCAAAAGGAGCUACAGGAACGGGUAUGUGUGGCAAGAUCUCUCGGAGGAUGACUUCAUCCACCCUGUUCAUGGCAAUGAGUAUGUGCUCAAAGGAACGGAGCUUCUCCACCUCAACUCCUCUUCCUCCUCUGGUUCCCAGGAACUCUUUCUCCCUUCUUCUACCAUCUCCAAAUGCGCGCAAGAGGAUUCUGCUGUCUCCUUUUCGAGAGGGAAGCAGGCCACCCGGAGCUCUUUCUACAAGAGCAACACGAGCGCCGAGACCACUGCAAACUCCAUCGACGCGUCUACUCAGACGGAGGAGCACAAGAGGCAACAGCGGCGAGCUCCCGUGGCCGAAGUGGAGCGAGCGGAGAAUCCCAAGUCUGCGAAGGUGGCGGAGAAGCACCCCGCGACCGAACUCAGCGGAGACGAGGUCUCGCCGCCACCUUCGUCGUCCAGCCCGGAGACGCUGGAAGCGCUGAUCAAGGCCGACGGCCGCUGCAUUAUGGCGGUCAGGCCGGAAGAGAAGGGGUGGUCGGUCGGCGGCUGCUUGAGCGGGAGAGUGAAGGCCUCCGCGGUGCUGAUGCAUCUGAUCUCGUGCGGUUCGAUCUCAGCGAAGGCGAACGGGUUGUCGUUGAUGCCGCAGUACAGCGGAAGACUCGAUCGUGCCGAGUCGAUGGGGCACAUGCCGAGCUUCCGGUCCAUUAGUUUGGAGGACAAGGAGGUCUUCACCGACAAGAUGCGUGGUGAUGAUGACGAUGGAGAGCUUCCACCGGUCUUGAAGAAAUCCUCAUCUUACGAUGCCGAUCGGGGCUCGAAGAUGAAUCUGGCAAAAGAGGUAGAAGACGACCGUGCCAGAUGCAUGCCAAGAAAGGCCAAGACAAGAAAAGAAGGGAAACCACAGAAGUAGAGAUCCAUAGUCUGCCGAUGAUCGAGCAGAGCAUUCUUCUUGUAUCAAAGCAAUAUUAGGUGCAGACAUGAUGGACGAACCAGUUGGCCAAUCAGAAGCAAGAAUUGAGAUGUUGUCCUUAACUCCAAUUUUAAUCUCUCUAUCUAAAUCAAAUAUCCCUUGGGAUUGGAUGAACGCUUGUAGCUAAAUCCCAUCUUCCUAUCCCCGCAGUGCUAAUGCUUCCUAUACUUCAAAUCAUAGGUUCCAUUUCCAUGAGGCUGCAACAGCAUGCUGAACUGUAAAGAGAACCUUUGUCCUCAUCAAUGUCUCCAUAUUUUGACAUAUGAAGCCACCGAAAGCAAAAGGCGACCAUGCACGAAGAAUAUACCCCGUGAUGCCUUCCUUCUUCGUCUCUUCUUCUUCCUC